AGGGGGAGGAUGUCAUCUGGUAGCGGACAGGCUCAAUGUGUCGAAGCCUUCAAGAUGAUGCUCUACACGAUGCAAAACGUGCGUCGGAAAAUCGUGGAGCGUAUCCUUAACGAUUGUGAAGUGGAUCAGGCGAACGUACAAGCUUUGGAUCAAGCGCUCUCUGAACUCACGGAUUCGCGGACGUCUGGAGAAAUGCGCUGCAUCGCCACACCGGCUGCCAACUUCCCUAUCAACAUCCGCGAUGAGAUUCGGGGACUUCGGAAGGAUUGCGAAUUCUUGCAUCGUCUCGCGAAAGUCACAUCUACCUCAACGACAAUCGAAAAUGCUCUCGAUGAAGUGCAGCUAGAUGAAAUUUUGGCGCCGUAUCAUCCAGAGAGUCCGCAGAAAUUUGAGGAGGAACUACAGGGUGCGGAAAGAUUCCUCAUGGACUUCGUUGACUCUGAUUCGGGUAUUAAACCACUACUCAUCACUGAUUGGGACGGCACCAUGAAGGACUACUGUUCUCAAUAUGCCACUAACCUCCAGCCGGUGUACAGUGCUGUAGUAAUGGGUAGAUUUGCCGAGCUAUUCACUAGAGCUACGGCAGUAUUGACGGCUGGACCACUUCGAGGUCCGGGAAUCUUGGACCUCACAGCUUUGCCGAUCAAUGGACCUGUUUAUUUCAGUGGUUCAUGGGGUCGUGAAUGGUGGUUGCGAGGGAAGCGAGUCGUACAUGAGGAUGGAAUCUCAGAAGCUGGUUUCGAUGCAAUUGGCAGACUAAGUGAUGAGCAGAUGACUGAUCUCCUUGAGCGCAGUGACUUCGCGCAGUUCGCAUUGGUUGGAAGUGGUGUACAGAGAAAGGUGGAUCGCCUCACUCUUGGGGUACAAACUGUAUUUGGACAUAUACCUCUUGAACUAGUUGUGAAAUAUAUUGAUGCAGUCAAAGAGAGAAUUCAUCGCGUGGACCCCAAUAACACUAAUCUUGUCUUAGAGAAUUCUUCGCCUUUAGAGAUCGAAGUGUGCGCACAUAAUUCAGGUUCUGUAUGGAAUAAAGGAGAUGGUGUAGCUUCUUUGAUUGAGUCCCUUCACGAUACUUUGAAAAAGGGAAAAGUUCUGGUUUGCGGUGACACCACAAGCGACUUGCCGAUGCUGGAACAUGCAAUAUCCGAGAAUCCGAGUGGUGUAAUGACGUUGUUUGUUGGAGCUGGCGAGACGUUACGUGAAUCAGUGCGCAAGAUUGUUGGUGACGAUUCCAGAGUUUGUUUCGUAUCCUGCCCGGAUGUAAUACACGCCGCGUUCGCCCGCGUGCUGACCGCUAAAGUUGACCUGGACUAGGCUAGCUCUUUAUCCUUAUGUUGCCUGCUGCUUCAUAGCUCAAUUUACGUGUUCACUGCCAGGAUACUGACGUUUUGGUCUCUUGAUAACGUCACCACUGUUGGCUUUUAGUAAUUGCUCAUGGAAGAUUGUAUUUAAUGCGAAAAUCGUGUUUAGAGAUCCAUUUCGGAUUUUUGAAUUGUAGGGGUACAAAUCUCUCCCACUUUCUUCAGUAUACCUUUUUCUGUUCAUUCGAUUGCAAAAAUUGCUCAAAUCAGGACCUUUUAUUGCUGAGUGAGUGACGAAGAUGUGGGUACAGGAUGAUUGUAGCGUUACACAUCUUCAAUAUCUACACAAGUUAUUUUUGACCGCUUACAAAUAGCAUUUACAAAGCGGGGCUAGUUGGCUCUCAGGUAAUUUCAAGGCUUACAAUAUGCGCCGCUGUUUUCGCAGUUCGUUGCGCGUAAACAUAGCUGUGCUAUGGCUUAUGCUCGUAUUCACUACUGCGCGCUAUCUUCUAUUGAGACCUGUCUGGACAGCGAUCUGUUUUGUUUUUAUUGAUAUAUGAUAAGAAUGCUGCGCUGCUCGAUAGCACCACACCUUGAUCGAAUAGUCUCAUCAAAACAUUCUCAAGCGAAUGCAAACUAUAGGAAAGAAAAGGCUCUUGCAGGGGUGCUGUAUGUCAGUAGCGCGAUUUGGAGAUAUUACGGCGCAUCUUAUAUUCAAUUCGUACUUUAUAGGUAAUUACAUAGGUCAAUAAUUCUAUACAUCAUCAAUAUCAUGGGGUUCCUCUUUGCUGUUAAAAGUUGAAUUGACAAACUCAAAACAUGCCAUGAUUAUGCAUAAAUACUAAUAUGUAUUGAGUGAAUUCUUGUUUGAAAGCGAAUAUUCGGCUUCUGUCCGAUAAGUUCGAGAAUGUUCUUAGGCUGCGUUCCAAUCCCCCACCCCCCCCCCCCCCUUCACCCUUUUCUAAUCGUUUUUGUAAGGCAAAUAGAAUAGCAAAUUUCAUUCCCUCCCCAGCAUUCAAAUCGUUACGUCUAUUUUAUAGGUAGCGUUUCUAUUGCCUUCAGUCUCAUUUCAUUUGUUGAUCAACUUCCACAUUUGUGUUUUGUUAAGAGCGUAAAUAUUCACAACUGCCUAAGAAUCUAUCCACGCAGAUGUUGCAUCCGUAUUUUUGUUCAAUGGUGUCGAUUAUCGGUUGGAUGUUUAGCUCGGGUUUGAUGAUUUUUUUUUCGUAGUGCACUGUUUUUUUUUCUAACUUUAUGCUGUAACAUCAUCGCCUCUCAUCAAUGCACUGUAGUAUAAUUAUAAAUGACGUAAACAUUUUUUUGAAGCCAGAUCUUUCGAUUUAUCCAAUGAUUCUAAUGAUGUAAAUAGGAAAGAAUAUUCCAAUAAGUUUUAACCAUAUGUCUCAAGAAUAAAGUGGCU